AUCGUAUUGUAGCUCAGUUUCUUCUUUACUUUUUAUCGAGCAUCUUUUCCCUUGAAAAACAGUGAUCGACAAGUCCAAAUUAUCUACAGCUUCGCUAUUCAUUUGUUAAAAUAUCGGCGUUGAAUUAAACAGCAAGAGUGUACGAAAUGACCGAACCAGCCAAUCCAUUGCUCACUGCAAUUAUCAAUCGGCGCAAACAGGAGGUUUCCAAGGCAAGACACAACCUCAAGCUACCCCAGGAGUUCCAGGUUAAACUCACCCAGCCCUAUGACAGAUGCCUCGAGUAUCUCCUUACAUUGACGCAAGAUGUUGAUCCUAUCGAGAUUUUAGGAAAGGACAAGUUUUCCACACUAGUGGAUACUGCCCCCACAGGCACAAACUGGACGAUAUGGACUCGUGGCUACGUUCAAAAAAUGCUACAUAUCCGCAAGAGCUCGUUUUCUCGUCGUCUCAAGACAUCUCAGCUACUGAAUGUCUUGCUGGCUGUCCGAGAUGAAUUGGUCGUUAGCUCGACAAAAACCACGAUGCGAGGCAUAUCCAUCCCAAACAUUGCACCUUUAAAUGGCGAUUUUCGAAAAGGCAAUGAUCACUACCAUUACCAGCAUCAACUGGCGAACGGAGAGCAUGACUAUCGCAAUGGUCUUGCCAACAGACACCAGCCGUUUACAAGCGUGCCUUUAGAGCCUUGCUCAACCCAUCCUCUUGAUUUUCAAGCAGACCAUUCUUGGAUCACUGAAAAUCAACCAGCAUUGCAACUUGCUGGAGACUCGUGUAAUCCUGUCAGACCCCACUCCACGCAGGCUGCUAUGUUCCAUGUCCAUCCCAGCAAUGACACUUUGAGUCACAAUCCAUCGCACAGUCGCUUUCAUUCCCGCUCAUUUGAACAUGAUAGGUACUUGAACUCUCCAAGUAGCCUCCUGAUCGAGUUUUCAUCCACUGGCUCAGUCACUCCUUCAACCCUAUCCUCCUCAAUGUAUGGGCCUGCUAGCUCAGAGUUUACUGAAGCUGUAAAUAUUAACCCCAAUGUACACACUAGCACAAGCCGGGGAAUGGAACCAAACUCGCUCUACUUUGGAAAUACUCGCGACUUUUUUUCCGAGUAUUCCAACUCGGCUUACUCGAAGGACAAUCUGACUACAGGAAGCAUCCACACUCAAGAAAGUAUUGGUGCAAACCGACAGUCACCUAUCUCUGGUUGCUUUGAUAUACCGACCAAGAUUCAAGACUUUUGCACAGAGUCUCAAUUUGGGUCUGUAAACUCGUAUGUCGCGCCUGGCCCUUCUCCAGAUUCUAUGAGAGCCUAUGAAACUAGGAGACUGUCAAAUACAUUAGAGUCUGACAACAUGUCUGGAAUUCAAAACUAUCGUUCCCCGUACUGGCGUACUCACCGCUAUAACUCUUAUGACAGUUCGAGUGAAAUAGGUACCGAAUUUUACAUGGGUAGCGAGGCACCAUUUGAUAGAGAUGCACACAGUAGACCUGUUUCUCCUCGUUUUGAGUAUAAGGAAUCUCCGGUACUUGGAAAGCGUAUGACUGAAUUUGGACCAUUUGAAGGGUCAAACGGAAAACGAUUCAGUCCUCCACAGCUAACCAUGGGAUCUCUACAUGCUGGUCUCACUCUUUCACCAUCUCCAUUUGUGACACUGGCCGAAGUUUCGUCAAAAAUGACCUCGGAUAUGCCACCAACGUCGCUUCAUGGCCAUCUUAACAAUCACUCGCCCAAAGACGAUACUCGUCAGCACCAGUUCAAACAGCCCAAUCAGUUUUCCCAACUACCUCAACUGCCUCAAAUUCACAAUACAUCUAGUAUAUUGUCCAACAUAGCCAGUUUGAUUUCGCCAAACCCAUUGUCCGAGACGUCAUUUGAUACAAUGCUACGAACAUCACAGUCUAUAUUUAAUGCACCAAUCAAUGCGGAGAUUCAAAAACCUGUUCUUUCUGCUCCGUUUAUUGCUAGAUCUAGCGCCGAUGAUUUUGAAAAAAUUCCAAGAACAUCGGACCUAGGCAACCCGCUAGCAUCAUUUAACAUUGAUUUAUCUAGCAACCACAUUCAAAAUCCAACUGCUUUGCCAUUUUUUGGACGCUCUACCACAAACUCGUCCACUUAUUUUCAACCCCAUUCUAUCGAGGACCACAUGACAAACGGAGUUUGUACCGACCAUCUAAAGCUGUCACCCGAAUCCGCUCAACCAAUCGAUAUUAACUUGCAGCGCAGAAUGUUUUCAUUUUCAGGUCCAGUUAGAUUGGAUGAUGCCAAUACUACACAGGGACUGCCUUGUAGCACGGCAAAUCUAUUUCAUCAGCCUGCCUUUGGAUUGCUGCCAUCAUCGACGGUUUCUGGAAAACCGUCUGCACCAUUGCUUCUUGAUAUCUCACAAAACUACUUCUCACAGCCGUUAAAAUCGCCGCAGUAUCGCUCUUCUCACUCACCGCUUGAUGUGCUUUGA